GGCGAGCUUAAAACCCAAGCCGUCGUGGCAUAAUCCAAGCUGGCAUGGCGGAGAACGUCCAGGUCUUUUGCCGCGUCCGGCCGCCCAACUCGCGCGAGAUGAUGGGCGGCGCGGCCCGGCGCUGCGUGAGCGCCGACGCCGUCGAGGGCCAGAGCCUCGUGCUGGCCUCGUCGAUGGCGAAGAAGGAGGCGCCCCGCAACUUCUACUUUGACCGCGUCUUUGGCGAGCGUAGCACGCAGGAGCAAGUGUUUGACGUCAUUGGCCGCCCGAUCACGACCGCGUGCCUUGAAGGCUACAAUGGCACGAUCUUCGCCUAUGGCCAAACGGGCAGCGGCAAGACGUUCACGAUGCUGGGCGAAGAAGACCAGCGUGGUCGGCCCAACGUCAACAAGGGCCUCGUGCCACGCGUGCUCGAGUACCUCUUUGAGAAGCGCGACGUGCGCGAUGCGAGCUCCGAGUUUGAGGCCACGUCGACGAUCGAGUACAAGUACAUUUGCUCGUUCCUCGAGAUCUACAACGAGCGCGUCUUUGACUUGCUCGACGGCUCGACGUCCGAGGCCGGCUUGAAUUUGCGCGAGAACCACGUCAAGGGCGUCUUUGUCGAAGGCCUCAAAGAAGCGACCGUCGAGAACGCGCAGCAGGCGACUGAGCUCAUGACGAUCGGCACGCAGAACCGCCACGUCGGCCACACAAGCAUGAACCGCGAGAGCUCGCGCAGCCAUAGUGUCUUCAUCUUGCAGAUCCACUCGAAAGAAACGACGGCAAGCGGCCUCAUCAAGAAGCGCCAAGCCCGCUUCAACCUUGUGGAUUUGGCCGGGUCGGAGCGCCAAAAGAGCACGGAAGCCGCCGGCGAUCGACUCAAGGAGGCCGGCAACAUCAACAAGUCGCUCUCGGCGCUCGGCAAUGUCAUCAUGGCGCUCUCCGAGCAAGCUGUCGGCAAGACCCGCCACGUGCACUACCGGGACUCGAAGCUGACGUACCUUCUCAAGGACUCGCUCGGCGGCAACUCCAAGACGUUCAUGAUCGCGGCCAUCAGCCCGGCCGAAGACUGCAUGAGCGAGACGCACUCGACGCUCAAGUUUGCGCAGCGCGCCAAGAUGAUCAAGAACAACGCGUUCAUCAACGAAGACACGAGCGGCAACAUCUUCCUGCUGCAAGAAGAGAUCAAGCGUCUCCGGCUCCAGCUCCAGCAAGCCGGUGACCCUGGCUCCAACAAUGUGCACCAUGAGCGCGGGUCAUUGGCCAUGGCGUCGUCGCUCCCACCGCUCUACAAUCCAUUCUCCGAGCUCAACGACAACCCUUUGCCGUCGGACUGCGACCCGGCGGUGGACACGCGCUUCCGCGAACUCGAGAAUACACUGUCCAACAUUGUCGACGAGCACUCGAGUCAGAAGCGGUCGCUCGAAGUACUUCAACUGCGCGAGUCGCACUAUCGUGAGCUCUGCGCGCAACUCAAGCGCAAGGGCCUCCAUCUGCGCUUUCUGCUCAAACUCAAAGCCGACAAGGAGACGAACGUCGAGCACAUUGAGCGCAUUCAGCAAGAACUCGAGUACAACCCGAGCGUCGACGCGAUCGAGUGGCGGCUCAAGUACGACGAGAUCGAACGGCUCUACAUGGACCUCCAGGAAGACGUCGCGGCGCACACGCCGUCGCAAAACGCCGACGAAGUCAUGCGGCUGCAGCACAUGCAUUUUGAAGUCGCCAAGCAGCUCUCGCUUGUCAUCAAGGACAAGCACGCACUCCAAGUGCGCAUCGGCGGCAGCGUUCUCGAUGAGCGAAUGGACGCCGAGCCAAGUCUCGAGUGGGAGGCCAAGGUGGCGCAAGCGCAGGCGCUGCAGAGCCUCGCCGAAGACGAACGCGCCAAGACCAUGCUCGAGACGCUCAUGCUCCGGGAAAAAGUCCGCAGCCACGAGACGAAGCUCGCGCUCCAGCAGGAUUUGCUCUCGGACUUUGAGCACCAGAUUCGCGUACUCCAAGAGGUCCACAUGGCCGAACGUACGAGUCGGGAGGCGGCGUCGUCGGCGCAACAACGCGCGCACGACGACGCCCUCCAUGCGCUCCAGACGCAACAUUUGGCGUGCGAGUAUGCGAUGACGACGAUGCGCCAGCAACUGAGCGGCGCCGAGGCGCAAGCGGCGCAGUGGGCCGAGCGGGAAGCGCACUGGGCUACCCAGGUCGCGACCGCCGAAGGCAAUAUCCGCGACCUCACGGCGCAGGUCCGCACGUUCUCGGAAGAGUCGCACGACAUGCACGAGAAGGUCCAAGCCGCCGCCGCGCGCGAGACGACGCUGCAGGCAACCGUCGCGGCGCUCCAAGUGUCGUUGCAAGCGCACGCAGCCGCCAGCGACCACGCAACGGCCUCGUUGGAAGCCCAAGUGCACGAACUCACGGCGCGCAUUGACGAGCUCAUGCGCAUCAAGACGGACCUGGAGGCGACCGCGCAUGCGAGUAUCGAGGCGCUGGAAGCCAAAGAAGACGCGUACCAAGCGACGCUCGGCGCGGUCGAGCAGCUCACGUUUGACUUGGCCGAGACCAAGGCCGCCCACGACGCCCACGCGGCGGAGAGUGCGGAUGCCCUGGCCGCCGAGCUUACUCAUCGCGAGACCGAGGUCGCUGCCAUGACGGCAGCAAUCAACGAGCUCCACACCAAGCUCGCUUCGGCCAACGAAGGGCUUGCGGACCUCGUCGCGCAGGUGGCCGCGCUGGAAGCUGCCAAAGCUGACGUCGAGGCAGCGCUGAAAGAGUGGCAACUGCAAGCGGCGGAUGCCGAGACCACUGUCGCCUCGCUACGUGAUGAGCUUGAGGCCAAGGACGACGCGCUGCAGGCGACCAUUGGCGACGUCGAGCGGCUAACGCACGAGCUCGCGCAAGCGGCCGUCGCCCACGGCACGGUCGAAGCAAACCUCGUCGCAGAGCAAACCGACAAGGCAGCGCAAGUGACGGCGCUCCAGGCGAUGCUCGACGCCAAGGUCCGCGAACGCGAUGCACUGCAAGAGGACAAGGUCGCGCUGGAGGCGGCAAUGGCCGAGCUCUCGGCUGCCCGCGCUGCCGACGCGGCCGCGUUUGAAGCCAAGCUCACCGAGACCCGCGAGGCCAGUGACGUGCAAGAAGACAAGCUCCAAGCGGCGCUCGGUGACAUUGAGCGCCUCCAGUACGAAGCAUCCGAAGCUUCCAAGCUCUACGCGGCGCUUCAGGCAUCGUACGACGCGAUGACUGCGGAGAAGACGGCCCUCGAGGCGUCGGUGGCGGCGCUGCAGAUGCACGUGCGCGACCUAGAGACGUCCAAGGCGUCGCUGGAGACGGCGUUGGCCUCGUCGACGACGGCGGCAGCUGCGGAUCGCGCGUCGUUCGAAUCGCAGCUCGAGACGGCGUCUGCCGAGCAGGCGGCGCUGGCGCAAGAGCACCGGGAGGCCAUUGCGGCGGUCGAAGCCUUGCUCGAAAGCGCCCGCAGUGACCUCGAUGCCAAGGAAGAUGCGCUGCAAGAGGUCCUUGGCAACGUCGAACGGCUCGAGUUUGAGCUCGAAACGAUGAGCGAAGCGCGGACGGCGGUCGAGAAGGACCUCGCGACGACGCAGAUGACGCUCGAAGCGACGGUCGCUGCCAUGGCGGCCAAGGAAGCCGACCUCGCGGCCGUGCGGUCGGCGCUCGAAGACGCGCAAGGCGAAACGAUUGUCGUCAACAACCUCUUGCAGCAGUCGCACGAUGAAAAGAGCGCGCUCAAGACGCAGUCGAGUGCGCGGGAGGAAGCGCUGGUCGCCGACGUUGCCGCGCUAACGGCCAAGGUGGCCGACGCGAAUACGUACAACGAUGUGCUGCGGUCGACGCUGCAGCUCGACAAGGACGAGUUCACAGCCCAGAUCAAGACACUCGAAGAGUCGUUGGCGGCCGCAACGGCCAAGGUGCCGCCGCUGGUGGCCGAGGUCGCCGCACUCAAAAAGGAGGCCGAGGCGAGCUCGGCGAGCGGUCUCGCAGCGCUCAAGGACAAGCUGCGCGAGGACACGGCCAAGCUCGCGGCCGACCGGAAGCACUGGAAGUACAAGAACGAAUCGCUCAUGCUCAAGGCGAUCGAGAACGAAUAUGCGAUGAACCAAGCGAAACGUGAGAACGAGCGACUGCUUGAGGACAUGGCCGAGCUGCACGCCCGGCUCGACGCUCUCAACGAUGAGAAGGACAAGCUUGUGGGCCACCACAAUGCGAAGCAGAAGAUCCAGCACCACGCCAAGAUGAAGGAAGACGUCAACCGUCUCCAGGCCGAGCUCCGCGCGGCGACUGAUGAGAACUUCAAGCUCAAGAAGCGCAUCGAGAAGCUUGAGGUGCUUGUCGCACCGGAUACGGACAUGGCCGCCGCGCUCGGGAGUCCGCUCAAGCGGCAAAAGUCCCUCAACAUGAUGCCCGCCGAGUCGCCCAUGCGUGGCAAGCGGCCGCGUCCCUAGUCGCGUCGUCUUUGAAUCUUUGCCUCUAAUAUCUAUAUCUCGUUCCUGGCUUGCGUGGUAGAGCAUUACGCACUAGCAUGUCGUCAGGUGGU